UUUUUCUUUCGCUCCGUGUCUGCUCCUGCUCGGGUAGGGUAGAUAAUGGAAGAAUUUGCGGGUCGGGGAGACGACCAUAGCCUACCCGUGAAGAAACGCGCUCUUAUUAGAUACCGGUGGACCUUAUAAACCAGACAGAAGCAGCGGGCAGUAGUAACACCUGCCGCGGGGCUCCAGACUCCCUCACUCCGCCUGUACUGUCCGCGACAUGGCACUCAGCUCGGGCGGCUGGGCUCCUCCAGCCCCGGUCCCUGCCUCGUCCCAACAGGCUGCAUGCGGCGGGUCUGCGCUGACGCCUUGCUGCAGUACUGUUUUAAUGUCAGUCCGGGUUUCCGUGUGUCAUUCCGGGAUCCGGCCUCUGUGCCUCCCCGGAGCAGGCAGCGAGGCUCUGCGGCUGCAGCUCAGCAUGGACCCGAGCCGGGCCGGAGAGUUCCGACUGGCGCUGCGAGACACGAGCGGGAACCGCAGUGUGUUCAUUGCAGAGUUUGACCUGCGCUCGGUGCAGUACGAGGUCAAAUCCCCUCGUUGCCAUGAGAUGCGUCUCGCUGCACCGCCCCACGACUGCAUCCGCUUCAACUUCCGUUGCGACCGCGAAGCCGAGGAGUGGGCCACUGUAGUGAUGUCCUCGCUCAGAGAGGCACAUAGAGUUGCAAAUAUUAACACAUGUGAAUCAGACGGCAGACACAACGACACAGCAGCAGCCAUGGAGCAGUGGAGCUCAGCGUCACUGCCGCUCACCGAAGAGCUAUGCUUGGAACUCGCCAGGGCGAUUGAAGCAGGCGACACUCAAGCCGCUUCACAGCACGCGUCCGCUCUGGCUCGGCAAAAAGCAGUGCUGACGAUUCAGCUGUCUGAAAAGAACUACGCAGAGGGAGAGAUCGGUUUAUCUGUGGUAGUGGAGGACGUUUCAUCAUCCUGUUGUGUCACAGUGAAAGUCUUUCCUUACAUGACUGUGGCUGCACUCAAGCAACAGGUGUUUCUUGAGUACGGUUUCCAUCCUCGUGUGCAGCGCUGGGUGAUUGGUCAGUGCUUGUGCACAGAGCCAAGGUCGCUGGCCUCCUACGGGGUGCAGAAAGACGGUGAUACGGCGUACCUCUACCUGAUCUCUGCCCGACAAGCCCGCAUCACCCGCCAGCUGUUCCAGCAGGACCUGGAGAGCGCACUCCUUGCACCACCUCUCCCACUGGGCAACGGCCCCACCUCCCAAGACUGGAGGGGUUACAGCACCCUGCCCUCGAGGUUACCCCACAAUAACCAGGGAGGCACAGGUGGAGUUGAUAGACCAGGUGAAAUCAAAGAUGUCCUCGACAUUAAGAACCUGCAGCUGAAUGAUCAUCCCAACAAAGCCAGUAAAACACAGCAGACAGAGUGGGCUUGUCCCUCAUGCACUUUCAUCAACAAGCCGUCCCGUCCAGGCUGUGAAAUCUGUGCUACAGCUAGACCGGACACACACAUCCAGCAGGAGAAAGGACGGAGAGAGGAUCGAGGAGAGUCCGGUUUAAGCAGCAGCUGACUGCCCAUCAUCGCUGUGAGGUUGCCAUGUCUCACUCACUCACACACGCAUACACACACACACACACACACACACAGAGGGAGGAUGCUAAACAACAAAAUACUCACAUAA